AUGCUACCCCCCUUUGAUUAUCUCACAUACCGUCGUCUCCGGGAUCACAAGCGGAGAGAGCGAGCAGCUCGGUUUGCUUCGCUGCCGGCCGAAUACCACACUCCCUUCACGGCCACUGACAAGGCGAUCAUCAACAAGCCGAUCCAGGAGUUGGUAGAGGAGGUCCACGCUGAAUCACUAGCGCCCCUCGAGGUUCUCCGCGCCUACGGCAAAGUAGCUGUCAAGGCUCAUGAGAAGACCAACUGCGUGACCGAGCUUCUUCUGCCCGAGGCUGAAACAUGGGUCCAGACGGAAGUCAACCUGCAGGGACCACUGGCGGGAAUUCCCGUCUCACUGAAGGAUUCGCUCCAGAUCAGAGGAUUCGAUACCACCCUGGGAUACACCAAGUACGCUUGUAAACCAUACAAGGAAGAUGGGCCUAUGACCAAGCUUCUGAAAGAUGCUGGUGCUGUGCCUUAUGCCAAGACCGCCCUGCCCGUGACGCUGUUGUCUUUUGAAUCGGCCAAUGCUCUUUGGGGUCCAUGCCUCAACCCUCAUGUACCCGAAUACUCCCCUGGCGGUUCUACUGGUGGUGAAGGUGCCUUGCUGGCACUGGGCGGUCGCAUUGGUAUCGGAUCUGACGUUGCCGGUUCUGUCCGAGUUCCCGCGGCCUGGAGCGGUAUUUACUCCCUGCGCUGUAGCACUGGUCGGUGGCCGAAAGUCGGCGUGCAUACCAGCAUGGCGGGCCAAGAAGGUGUUCCAAGUGUCUUCAGCCCGAUGGCUCGAACGCUGAAUGAUCUGACCUACUUCACCAAAGCUAUUGUUGGAAUGGAGCCGUGGAAGUACGAUUACACCGUUCAUCCCAUCUACUGGCGGGAGGGUGAGGAACAGGAGGCCCAGACUAAGAGGCUUCGAAUCGGUUUGAUGAGCAGCGAUGGUGUCAUCCCCCCUACCCCGGCCAUUGCGCGUGCCUUGUCGACCACAGCCACUGCUCUCAUUGGGGCGGGCCAUAUAGUUUCGGAGAUCAAGCCACCAGUCACGGCCGACCCGUUCACAGGCCUACAUCUUGCCUCGCAGCUUCUCAACUCUGAUGGUUGCGUCACUUUUAACUCUCACCUACACAGUUUCGAGCCCUCCGACCCGGGCGCGGAUCAACUUACUCGGAUUUCGAACCUACCCCGUCCACUGCGAUACCUCUAUUACCUCUGGGUGCGAUACGUCCGCCGAGAUGUCCAGUGGGCGAAGUUGAUUCGCACCUUCGGUCCCAAAUCGGCCGCCGAGCUUUGGAAGCUGACCGCGCAGCGUGAAACCUUCCGCGCAACCUGGCAUGCCUGGUGGGAUGGUGCAUCACAGCAGUACGACUUUAUCUUGUGCCCUGUGAACGCUACCCCGGCUCUCCCCCACAAAGCUAUGCAUGAUGCGGUUUCAUCUUGUGGGUACACCUUCCUCUGGAACUUGCUAGACUACACAGCGGGUGUGGUGCCUGUGUCGCACGUCGACGCGAAGAAAGACGCUCUCCCGGGUCCGUACAAGAAGGUUCUCAAGCAACUCGGGGCCGAUGGGGCCCUGUCUCGCGGUGCCUGGAAGCAUUACAAUGCGACUAAGAUGGCGGGAUUGCCGACCGCGGUGCAGGUGGUAGGCCGCCGGUGGCAGGAGGAGAAGGUGUUGGGGUACAUGGCGGCGGUUGAGGCGGCGUUAGACCAGUAUCAGGACCCGAUGACCGGCGAGGGCGGACGGUAUCCUUUGAUCGAGCUGGACUGAGAUCCGACGUGGAUUUACGUGAGGACUAUGUGAUAUUUAUGGAUCACUGAUGGUCCAGACCUCAUUGUACUUAUCCACACUGCAUGAGCAACGGAUUGGAUUGGCGGCUUCUCCCAGUUUAUCACAUUCGCUAUGAUUCUCCACUCUCCUGGCCAUGUAUGGGCUACUCCGUCUGGG